GAGUUGGCCUCCUGCGGGCAAGAAGGGCCCUGCGAGACCAUAGAGAGAGACAGAGUGUCCUAGGCACGUCGGCUCCGUCCGUGGCAGGGCUCGGGCUCCUAGCACCAUGGCUUCCCGUGUGGGCCCCCGGGCUGAGGGCACUGAUGGCAGUGACUACCAGCAUCGCGAGAGGGUGGCCUCCCAUUACCAGAUGAGUGUGGCCCUGAAGUCCGAGAUAAAAAAGCUGAUCUACAUGCAGAUGGCCAUCUGGCUGCUGCUCCUGGCUCAGAUGUGUGUGGGUCACCUGAAGCUGCUGCCCCAUGACCAGGUGGCUAUGCCCUACCAGUGGGAGUACCCCUACCUGCUCAGCAUCAUCCCUUCUCUCUUCGGCCUCAUGUCCUUCCCUCGCAACAACAUCAGCUACCUGGUGCUGUCCAUGAUCAGCACAGGCCUGUUCUCGGUGGCACCCCUAAUCUACGGCAGCAUGGAGAUGUUCCCCAUGGCGCAGCAGCUCUACCGCCACGGCAAGGCCUACCGCUUCAUCUUCGGCUUUUCCGCCGUCUCCGUCAUGUACCUGCUGGUGGUGGUGGCGGUGCAGGUGCAUGGCUGGCAGCUGUACUACAGCAAGAAGCUCCUGGACUCCUGGUUCACCAGCACGCAGGAGAAGAAGAAGAAAUGAAGAGGGACUGGGGGUGGGGGGGUUGGAUGGCACCACGGUGGGGUCCCCAUUUUUGGGCAGCUCUGCUGCUAAACACUGAAAGCUCCCUGUAGGCUGGGCUGCCCUGGCAGGCACCCAGCCGGAGUGUGCUCAAGGUUCCUCCAACCCUAGCCCUGGCUGGCAGCGACUGAAUGUUCUUCAGUGGCUGGUGGGCCAGGGCUGGGUAGGAGGGCAGCUUCUGAUACCACCAGGGUACCCUCACCAGAAGUCCCCUGGCAGCGCGUGGCUCUGGUUGGCUGGGAUGAGAGGGGCGUGCAUGAUGAGAGCGGCCUGGGGGCAGCCACCAGCCCUUACUAAUCUCCCCAUUUCAUGGAGCAGAAACGUGCCCUGACCCCAGUGCCUCUGCGCUGAGGUCUGACAACAUGGCACAGCCCCAGGGCUG